GAGACAGCAGUAGUCCUCUUUCUUCAGUGCCGUAGGAGUAGCUAGUCAGACUUCCUAAAACCCUUUGAUUUCUUUCUGACUGUCUCUCCGCCAUCAUCGGAGUUCCGAUCCUUCACGUACAUCGCCAGAGGGAGCAAAUGCAAGUUAGCAAAGCAGGAGUAGGAAUAGGAAUAGGAGGUUGUAUAUCUGCAAAGCUCAAUGAUUCAUCCGGAGGUAAAAAAUCGAAGCGCAGAUCGAAAGACGAACGGAAAUCCAUGGUUGAAACUUUCAUUAAGAGACAUCAGGCGUCAAAUAAUGGAAGUUUCCCAUCGCUGUAUCUUACACACAAGGAAGUUGGUGGGUCCUAUUACACAGUACGUGAAAUUUUUCGGGACCUAAUUCAGGAAAAUCGAGUGCUGGCUCCACCCAAGCUGCCUCCAGGAGAACACAAUAUGGAAAACCUAGAUAGUUUCUUGGAAAACUAUCCAUUGGGUUCAAUUGCAUAUGAUCCUAAUGUACAUGGUUUGCCUCCACAAGAUAAGCAAAAACUACUUGAUGAGUAUGAGUUUAGGCGUGAAAAGAUUUUGAAUACAAAAAGGAUUGUGGAAUUGCAUAAACGAAAUCUUGAUAUUGACAUAAUCAUUAAUGCAAGUGCUCGUGCAAUUGUGAAUGAUGAUGAAGUUGAACCAGAACACACAGAAUUGCUAAUGGAGCAGGGUUUGAAAGGACAAAAGCAUGAGAUAAAAGAAGUAGUAACAUAUCAAGAUCAAAUUCGUCCUAUUUCGGAGAAUGUGGUGGUGGAGACUUUUCCUUUGAGACCCGUCUCUAGUGCAGUUGAUUAUAUUGACGAGAAAACAAAUGAUAGAGAAGUAUUGAAAGGUAAUUUGGAGUUGGCCUCUGGUAAUGAUACAACAACCUUGGUUGAUAGUUCAACUGAAGCAGUGGAUACAGAAUUGGAGAAAGAUAUAGUAACUCCACUGCCAAAGUCAAAAGCAAUUACAGAUGACUUUGAGAGCACGUUGCUUGCAGAAGACAAUGCGGCAAGUACUCCUAGCAGCAUAAGUUCUCAGCAUCGUGACAGCAACAAGUCCAGCAGUUAUUUUCAAUUGCCGAGUUUUGAUGAGACGACUGCAAAUAAGAACUUUUCAGACAUCCCGUUCUCUUAUACUGCAAACGAAAUCAAUUUUUAUUCGUCGGAAUCAGCAACAUCAAGGAAAUCUGACAGUGAAGAAGCUAAUCCGAUUUUGGCAUACAUCAAGACCUUCAUUUCUACGUUCAUGAAGUUUUGGCCUGAUUAAUCCUCAGGUUGGUUAUUUUGCUGGAACCUUUUUCAUGGAUAGAUUGUACGUGUGACAGUGUGAGACCAAUAGUACGUAGCUCUUGGGCACUUGAGAAAACUUUUCCAAGCUAUAUAUUUUUUAAUGAAAAUGAUUUAAAAAAAAACGUAGUUCCAACAUCCAAGAUGUGUGUAAUUUUUAGUGAGUAAUGGACCAAUGGUAGCAUCUUUUUUUUUUAAA